AUGUCGGGUGUUUGGAUGUUCAACAACGGCGUUUUCCGGCUGGUGGAGAACCCGGCGGCGGAGCAAAGCGGCGGAAAGCCAAGAAAGGCGCUGGUGUACUUGCCGACGGGGCAGGCGGUGGGGUCAUACCGGGCGUUAGAGGAGAUUUUAACGGCGUUAGGGUGGGAGAGGUAUUAUCACGGCGACCCGGACCUCUUUCAGUUCCACAGGGAAUCUUCUAUUGACCUUAUUUCGCUUCCCAGGGACUUCAAGAAGUUUAACUCCGUUUAUAUGUACGACAUCGUCGUUAAAAACCCUAACUUCUUCCAUGUCCGUGACAUUUAA